AUGGCUCCCUUCAACGCCACACGGAUGGCGGCGCUGGUGCCGGCGGCCGGCGCGAGGGUGGUGCUGGGCGACCCGCUGCACGGCGCGGGGCAGGCGGCGACGCGGGCGCUGGCGCCCGGCGCGCGCGCGGCGGACGUGGAGCGCACCCUGGCGGCGCAGGCGCGACACCUGCGCGGGCGCCCGCUGCGCGCCGCGCUCUUCGCCUUCCCGCCGCGCCUCGUCCACGCCCACGCCCACGCCCACUCCGGCCACGGAGAGAGAGAGACAGAGAGAGAGACAGAGAGAGAGAGACAGAGAGAGGAGACAGAGAGCAGACAGAGAGAGAGACAGAGAAAGACAAAGAGAGACAGAAGAGACAAGAAGACAGAGAGAAGACAGAGAGAGAACAGAGGAGAAACAGAGAGAGAGCAGAAGAGAGAACAAAGAGAGAGACCGAGAGAGAGACCAAAGAGAGACAGAGAGAGAGACAGAGAGAAACAGAGAGGAGAACAGAGAGAGAACAGAGAGAACAGAAGAGAGACAGAGAGAGAACAUGAGAGAAGAGAGACAGAGAGAGAGACAGAGAAGAAGACAGAGAGAGAAGCAGAGAAGAGACAGAGGAAGAGACAGAGCAGAGAGAGACAGAGAGAGAGAACAGAGAGAGAGACAAGAGAGAACAGAGAGAGAGACAGACGAGAGAGAGACAGAGAGAAGAGACAGAAGAGAGACCAGAGCAGAGAGACAGAGAGAGAGACAAAGAGAGACAGAGAGAGAGAGACAGAGAGAGACAAGAGAGAGACAGAGAGAGAUACAGAGGAGAAGACAGAGAGAGAGACAGAGAGAGAGACAGAGAGAGAGACAAUAGAGAGACAGAGGGAGAUACAGAGGAGAGGGACAGAGGAGAGACAGAGGGAGAGACAGAGGGAAGACAGAUGA